AUGUCGUUGAGAAUCGUUAUCGUCGGCGCAGGCCUCAUCGGCCCCCGUCAUGCGCAAUCCGUCCUAUCCAAUCCGUUCACCGAGCUGGCCGCUCUGGUCGACCCAGCGUCCAGCGCCGAGACUGCCGCGUCACAGCUCCAGACGAUCUAUUUCCCGUCGAUAUCGUCUAUGCUGGAGUCCAUUCCGAGGCCGGAUGCUGCAAUUGUCUGCACACCUAACCACACACAUGUCGCGGUGUCCCGCGAACUACUAGAAAAUGGGAUCCACGUUCUAGUCGAGAAGCCCAUUAGCGACAGCAUUGAGACCGGUCUGGAACUACUGAAGUUUGCGCGCAAGCCUGGGAAUGCGCACUUGAAGCUCCUUGUCGGUCAUCAUCGGCGAUUCAACCCCUACGUCCUCAAGACUAAGGAGAUCCUUGACGCCAAGUCGCUUGGACAGGUUAUCGCCGUUAACGGACUAUGGACACUGUUUAAGCCAGUCCAGUAUUUCGAACCACCCGGCGACUGGCGUCGCAAGCAAUUUGCCGGUGGUGUUAUUCCCAUCAACCUCGUCCACGACAUCGACGUGCUACACUACCUAUUCGGCCCCGUAGUACGCGUCCACGCUGAAAAGACCCUCCCGCAACGCCCAAACCCCCCACACGAAGCCGAAGAAGGAGCUGCACUGACACUCCGUUUUGCCUCAGGUGUCGUGGGCACAUUCGUCGUCUGCGAUGCCACGCCCUCACCCCAUAACUUCGAAACUGGAACGGGCGAAAACCCGCUCAUCCCGCAAAGCCCGACGGGGAGUGACUCGGAUUUCUACCGGAUCUUUGGAUCGAAUGCUUCCUUGAGUGUUCCAGAUAUGUCUCGCUGGAGCUACGACGGGCGCGCUGAGAAGAGCUGGAACCAGUCCUUAGCGGUUGAGCGUUUUGACGUUACGCAUGCUACGCCUUUUGACAUGCAGCUUGGGCAUUUUGUGGAUGUUAUUCGGGGCAACGCAGAGCCGAGUUGCUCCGGUGCGGAAGGAUUGAGGGCGUUGAUUGUGUGUCAGGCUGCACGGAAGGCGUUGGAGACUGGGCAGCCAGUCGAUAUAGAUACAGAUUUGUUUAAAGCUAGUACAUAA